AUGAUAGAGAGGAAACCAAAUUAUAAUGAAAUUUUAUCGCCAAGAGAAAGCGAUUCUAAGCUUUAGAAAUGCUAGUCUUGUUAACGCCCUAGCAAUGAAAAAAUAAAAAAGGCCAAUUUGAAAGAAAGAGCACCAAGCCAUAACUCUAUUGCAAAUAAAGCUUUAUCUAAUUCCUAUUCUUAACGCUAUAAAAAUAAAUAGUCAGCUUAAAAUAAUUCUGUUAAAAAAAAAAAUGAUUAAUAAUAAGAUUAGCAUUCAUAAAAUUUAAAGCAGGCUUUACAAGCAGCAAAUUUAACAUAUGCUCACUUGAAAAAAAGGGAUAAAAUGUUUCCUAUUUAGAACUCUAGUUAAAAUGAAUAAAAAUCUUCUUGUAUAACUAAAACUGUUUAAAGUUAGAAUUAAAUAAAAUAAAAAGAUGGUAAAGCUUAAAGCCAAAAAAUAUCUUAAAAUUAGAUCAGCAAUGAAAAAAUAAAAGAUACAUAAAAUUUGAAGUUAAAUUCUUCUACUAAAGAUAGUAGGAACCUUAGCUUACAUGGAUACACGACACCAUAAAAUAAAAAUAAUUAAAUGCUAAUUUAUAAUAAAACUCUAUAUAAAAAUGAUGAGUCAUUUCCAACAAAAGAUGAGAUUAGCUAAAAAAUUGCAGACUUAGUCUUAAAAAAUAUUAAUUCAAAAUAAAAAUAUGAAUUGGUUUAAUAAUAUUCUGCACAUAAUCCUGUUAAAGAAAAAAAAGCUAACUAAUAAAUUGAAUUGGAAAAAGAAGUAUAGAUGCCGCUAGACUCUUCUUAAAAAAACCAGUUUAAAGAUUUAGUAAAAUAAAUAAAUAAUUAACUUAAUACCUUAAUGUCAGAUGAAAAUAUUAAAAUCCUAGAAAAAUCAAAAAAUUUUCACCUUAAUAUUCAAGAUAUUACUAAAACUGUUUCUUUUUAUCAUAUAAACUCUUCUAAGCUUAAUUCUGAGUAGAAUAUGCUUUCAUAAAGAGCUUCGAGCUCAUAAGAAAAAAUAUAGAUUUAAAAAUGUAAUACCAUUUAAAAUAAUAAAAAUAAUUAAGAGGAAGAUUCAAGAAUAAUUUUUAAUAAAUUGUUCACAUCAAUUGAUGAAAUUGAUACUGUAAAAAAUGCCACAAGCUUUGAUAAUAGAAGGAGAAGUGGUAGUAGUGGUUCCCCAAAAUUUAAUGAGAUGCGUAAAAAAAAAAAAUAAAUGAAAACAUCAAUCGAAAAAAAUAAAAAAUAGUCUGAACAACAGCAGUUCAAAUCUUAAAUACAUCAAAUUCAGAAAUUGCAAGAUCUUAUUGAACCAAAUACUAUAUGCAAAGAAAAACAGUACAUAAAUUCUUGUUUGACUCAAUAGGAUUCUAAAAGCAGUUCCAUGUAUCAAACAGCCUCAACGAAUAGAAAUUAAAAUACAGAUAUUGACUCAUAGUUCUAUAAUAAAAUAGAUCUUGAAACAUAAAUAAGUGAGAAUUCCCCAAAUUAUAAAAAAAUAAAUAACCAAUUUGUAUAAGAAAACUAAAAGCUCUAUAAUGGUGUUGAUAAUUAAAAAAAUGGUAAAUUUUAAAGUCUAACAUAUGAAAAAACCUAAAAUGUUUAAGAUUGUAAAUAAAGUUACUAAUAAAAUCAAAAAAAUUUAGUUACUUUAAAAUAAAAGUUAGAUGAGUAGGAAAAGUUGAAAAAAUCCUAAACUUUCUUUAAAAAAUCAGCUGAUACUAGUCUAAAAACACUAAAUACUGAAUAUAAUUAAAACUUUUUUAUAGCAGAAAUAUUAAAAAAAUCAUAGAGUUAUAGAAACUAGUCUAUCACCCAAUAAACAUAAAAAAAGUAGCUUCAUGACUAAGAUUAAAAAAAGACAGAAUAAAUUAUAAAAUAUUUGUAAUCUCCCACUCCUUCUAAAAAAAAUAUUUAUGAACAAAUUCAUAACACAAUAAUUAAGUAAAAAAUAUAAGAAGAUAGAGUUAAGAGAUAAAAUGUUAUAAAAUGA